UGGGGUGAGUGACAGACAAGGGGGCGAGCUGCGCGACCAGCGGUUUGUUUUUCGGAGCGUUCCUGAGGUGGAGAACGGUGGCCGGACGGAGAGACUGCGAGACUGAGGGACUGCCGGGCGGGCGGGUUGAGCGGCGCCGCCGAAGCCGGGCUGGGCCGAGCCGAGGAGCGCCAGGGAUGUAGCGGGCCACCCUGCCCAUGCCACAGCGCCCGGCCGCGGGCGGAGCCGGAGCCGGAGCCUGGGGAGGCGGCGGGGGCCCCGAGCGCAGCCCGCGCCCCCCGCGCGGAGCCAGGGCCGCUGCCGUCCCCGCCGCCCGGGCCCCCGGCAUGCAGCCCUGGCUGCGCAGGUGACACUCGGGCCCAAGCCGCCGCCGCCGCCAUCGCCACCAUGGACGAACAGGAGGCAUUGAACUCGAUCAUGAAGGAUCUGGUGGCCCUCCAGAUGAGCCGACGUUCUCGAGCUCCUGGAUAUGAGACCAUGAAGAACAAAGACACGGGUCACCCAAAUAAGCAGAAAAAACACAACAGCAGCAGCUCAGCCCUUCUGAACAGCCCCACAGUAACAACAAGCUCAUGUGCAGGGGCCAGUGACAAAAAGAAAUUUUUGAGUGACGUCAGAAUCAAGUUUGAGCACAGCGGGGAGAGGCGAAUUAUAGCUUUCAGCCGGCCUGUCAGAUAUGAAGAUGUGGAGCACAAGGUGACAACAGUGUUUGGGCAGCCUCUUGAUCUACAUUACAUGAACAACGAGCUCUCCAUUCUGCUGAAGAACCAAGAUGAUCUUGAUAAAGCAAUUGACAUUUUGGAUAGAAGCUCAAGCAUGAAAAGCCUUAGGAUAUUGUUGCUGUCCCAGGACAGAAACCAUACCAGUUCCUCUCCCCACUCUGGGGUGUCCAGGCAGGUGCGGAUCAAAGCUUCCCAGUCUGCAGGAGAUAUAAAUACCAUCUACCAGCCCCCCGAGCCCAGAAGCAGGCACCUCUCUGUCAGAAGAAGGCUAUGUAGCUGCUGCCAGGCCUCCGCAGGAAAGGAAUCUAACUCAAGUCUGUGCAUUAUACCAGGCUCCCAGAACCCCGGCCGAAGCUCACCUCCCCCUGGCUACGUGCCUGAGCGGCAGCAGCGUAUUGCCCGGCAGGGGUCCUACACCAGCAUCAACAGUGAGGGAGAGUUCAUCCCAGAGACCAGCGAGCAGUGCAUGCUGGAUCCCUUGAGUAGUGCUGAAAAUUCCUUGUCGGGAAGCUGCCAAUCUUUGGACAGGUCAGCAGACAGUCCAUCCUUCCGGAAAUCUCGAAUGUCCCGAGCCCAGAGCUUCCCAGACAAUAGACAGGAGUUCUCGGAUCGGGAAACUCAACUCUAUGACAAAGGGGUCAAAGGUGGAACCUACCCCCGGCGCUACCACGUGUCUGUGCACCACAAGGACUACAACGAUGGCAGAAGAACAUUUCCUCGAAUACGGCGUCAUCAAGGUAACCUGUUCACCCUGGUGCCCUCCAGCCGCUCCCUGAGCACAAAUGGCGAGAACAUGGGUCUAGCGGUGCAAUACCUGGACCCCCGAGGGCGCCUGCGGAGUGCGGACAGCGAGAACGCCCUCUCUGUGCAGGAGAGGAGUGUGCCAACCAAGUCUCCUAGUGCCCCCAUCAAUUGGCGCCGGGGGAAGCUCCUAGGCCAGGGUGCCUUCGGCAGGGUCUAUUUGUGCUAUGAUGUGGACACAGGACGUGAACUUGCCUCCAAGCAGGUCCAGUUUGACCCAGACAGUCCUGAGACAAGCAAGGAGGUGAGUGCUCUGGAGUGUGAGAUCCAGUUGCUGAAGAACUUGCAGCACGAGCGCAUUGUGCAGUAUUAUGGCUGUCUGCGGGACCGCGCCGAGAAGACUCUAACCAUCUUCAUGGAGUAUAUGCCCGGGGGCUCAGUGAAAGACCAGUUGAAGGCCUAUGGAGCUCUGACAGAGAGUGUGACCCGAAAAUACACCCGGCAGAUCCUGGAGGGCAUGUCCUACCUGCACAGCAACAUGAUUGUUCACCGGGACAUCAAGGGAGCCAACAUCCUCCGAGACUCUGCCGGGAAUGUGAAGCUUGGGGACUUUGGGGCCAGCAAGCGCCUGCAGACCAUCUGCAUGUCGGGCACAGGCAUGCGCUCGGUCACUGGCACACCCUACUGGAUGAGCCCUGAGGUGAUCAGCGGUGAGGGCUACGGAAGGAAAGCAGACGUGUGGAGCCUGGGCUGCACUGUGGUGGAGAUGCUGACAGAGAAACCACCUUGGGCAGAGUAUGAAGCCAUGGCUGCCAUUUUCAAGAUUGCCACCCAGCCCACCAAUCCUCAGCUGCCCUCCCACAUCUCUGAGCACGGCCGGGACUUCCUGAGGCGCAUUUUUGUGGAGGCCCGCCAGAGACCGUCAGCUGAGGAGCUGCUCACACACCACUUUGCACAGCUCGUGUACUGAGCUCUCAAGGCCACGCUGCUGCCGGCUGCCCCCUGCUGCAUGGGCAAGGGGCUGCUGUGGGGCUCAGCAAAGUUGCUGCUUCUCCCAGGCAAGGCUGUGGACCAUGGAGCUGCAGUCCAGCCAGUGUUUGUCUGUGCCCCUUCUGUCACUGGGGCUCAGAGCCAGAGUGGGGUGGCUGCAGCCUCAAGGACUGGGAGCCCCCAGCCUGCCAGACCCAAGAGCUCCAGCGUCCUAAGCUCGGCCUGGAGGAGAAGGGGCUAGGAACAGUGUGUGAGGCGCCGUGGGUCCCACCCUCGGCUGUGUCCUGACACUGCAAUCAGCACCAGAGCCCAGAGGGUCUGGGGGCAAAGGACAGACACGAAGGUCUGAAUAGUGUUACUUUCAUUCAGAGUGUUACUUUGUUUCUCCUCCUCAUGUCUGGAGACCACCAGGGCAUCUCUGGGCUGGAGGAGCCCACCCAAGCCUGAGGUAAAAGCCCAGCAUCCCACAGCCAGUGGAAGGCAGAGGCCUGGGACCCGCCCUCCCUGGAUCCCGAAGUCAGCUUUGCCAGUCCCUGUCCUUUACCAAAGAUGAAUGAAGCAAAUGUUAUGCUGCCUUAUUCAGGGAAGGAGGAGCCCAUCCUGCCUGCCCCCGUGACCCUGCCCUCUCAAGCAGGGGCCUGAGAUGUGGAAUUGCCCCCACUGAGGGGGGAGACCCAGUUUUGUCAAUGCAAUUGUCUCUGUUUUACAAGUUGGAGUCACUCUUAGGCUGUACCCAGUUUCAAAACUGGAGACUUAGUGUGCUCUUUGGGCUCUGAGUCCCCUUGCUGUGGGUUUAGGCCUUGGGCUAGAUUGGAAAGAGCUGAAGUUGAUGGCCUUUGUGCUCCUGGCCUGGCACCUGUUCCCCAGCUGGAGCAGAAAGGAAGAUGAACAGGAUGGUGAGAGCAUCUGAGCCAGCUAGCUGCCCCGAGCGGGCUGUUCAGGAAAGCCAGGGGAAUUGUAGCAGGCUGGCUGUGAGUCAUGAUCCUGCUAGGCCAGAGCCCUCUCCACCUGAUAGAAGGGAGAGCCCAUAUGAUGCCACCAACUGUAUCCAAAACUACUAGCUCUCUUCCUCCUUGGCCAGCCUGGUCCAUCCCCAUGAGGUCUCAGCCUCUCCCUUCUUGCUCCUCCCCUGGGGAGCCACAGCAGCAGGGGCGGGAGAGCCAGUAUCUCCAAGCAGCUUAGAGUUGGCCUUACUUACCUCAGCCUGGGUGCUGGUCCUUCUUCCGGCCCCUCCCCUCCAAAAUGUGCCUAUUGCUAGAGCUCCUCCCUCUCAACACCCAAUUUCCUUGGGAGUUGUCACUAAAGGAAAAAAAAAAAAGCCAGUGCCCAGGGAUGGGCGUCUCCAGGGAGCUGGGGAUUAGCGCCAGGCAGCUUAUUGCCAGCCAUGCCCACUUACCCACGGGCACCAGAACAAGCCAAAGCCUUCAUUGUAUGUUGACGAUGCACUUUUAUGAAUGUAGUUUCUAUCGCUGUUUUUAGCCUUUUCACAUCAUGUAAUGUGAGGCCUCGUACUUGUUAAUUUAUAUCUCAGAUCAUAUUUGAUGGUUUUUAUAUAUAUCAAUUCUAGACUGUUACAGGUGAUGGACGCCUCAAGAGAGAAGAGAAAAUGAAAGCAGCUGGUUUUGCA